AUGGAGGCGAGAUCACCAGAAUCCAACAACCUGCUAGAUGAGGACAGUUUCGAACAUGUCACCCCAUCUUCUGACACCCUGCUUUUCUCCGCCGACUUAUAUUCUUCCGCCAGCAACCAACACUCUCACCUCGGUCUUACAGCGUCUACAGCAGACGCGUACGGCAACUCCGUCAAGGAACUUUGUGCGGAUCAUCAAGGAAUCUGCGAAAACACUGAUGUACCUGUUUUGUCUGAUCUUUCACCGAUCGUCAACAGCCAGCAAAACAACUCCCCUCCUGUUCGGCAACAGGGAAACUCACCUAUGCAGGGAGGAUCACUAAAUCAACCUGCAGUCAACACAGCCCUCUUGUCGCAAGAUGUCACUUUUGCGAACCUCGAUUUUUUUGAGCCGUUCCUCCGCCUUCCGUAUGAUGCUUCAGACUAUUUAGGCCUUCAAACCGAGCUCGGACAUCUCGAGACUGUCUCAAUUUUGCCCCAACUGGGAAUUUCGGCGUCACAGCUUCGGUUCACACACUUCGCUACUAAUAAUGCCGGCAUUGGGGACGAGGAUGCCUCAGGCACAUUCGCAAGCUCACACCUUGACAUUAAAAUCAAAUCCGGUCGAGGAUCCAGCUAA